AGAAGUGAACUCGGUUUCCCGGGUGGCACUGCGGCACCGAUUCUUAAAUCCUCGUUCUCCGCCUACCAGAGUUUGAACUCUUGGGCGGCACUGGUCACCGACUCAGUGGUGAUAGCGUCCUUGAUUUGUGGAGGUGCUCCAGGAUGAUCAGGAGCCCUAGCUGGUCUGAUCAGCUUCAUGCGGUUCUCAGUUCAACUGAUGAAAAUAUGGCCCGGAUUAAGCAGAGUUUGUAUCCCCUUCGAGUUUCCUCCACAGGGGGCCUGGCUGACACCUGGAUUUCCCCGCAUCACUUACCUCCUCAGCCAGGGGCCCAAGCUCAACUGCCUUGGGCUCUAAAGACUCCCAUUCUUGGAGAGAGACUGAGCUGUACUGAAGCCCACAGCUCCUCUCUCUGGGAUGAAGUUACUAAACUCCGAUCCCAGCUUCAGACUCAGGCUCAGGUGACGGAGGCUCUAAGGCAUUCUGUGCAGAGGCUGUUGAAGGAUCGGGAGCAGCAGAAGUUCAAGAUCAGAGCUCUAGAAGCAUCACUAAAACUGCUGCAGGAGGGCCCAAAAGGGAGAGCCCUUCUGGAGCAACGCCUGGAAGGGUUGAGAAAGGAAUUGCAGGGCCUUCGGAGUCAGGUUCAAGAGCUAGUCCAAACCCAAAUGAAAACAAAACCAGGAAAGUUCAGCACUACCAGUGGCUUUCACCAAGAGCUGCAGAGUGAGCACCAACUUUUGUGGGAAGAGUCAGAGAUUCUUCGGGAGGAACUGAAGUUGCUUCGAGACCAGCUAAGCCAACAUCAGGAGUUGUUGCUGAAACAGAUGGCCGAGGGCCGCCAGGUUCAGGCCCGAAGCUGGAAGAUGUUGGAACACCUACAGAGUGACCAGAUGGACAAGGUUCCUGCCUUGGAGGUUACCAGGACAGAGGCCCAUGAUGCCCAGAAGGACAAGUCCUGCCUCCUCAGCUCUGAAGUCAGUCUCCCAGACUGUGACCGUAGCUGGGAACUCUUAAAGAAACUGGAUAGGGAACUCCAGAACAACUCUGUUCCUGACCUGGAACUCGGCAGCUCUCGGUUUCAUGCCCGGAGUCUUGGGCAAGGGGACCUGUUCCUUCAGGGCCCCAAGAUCUUCCAGAGUGACUGUGAGAACUUGUGAGAAAAAUGAGAUGCAGCUUCUAUUCAAGGCAGCCUUCUCAUCCCCCUGGUAUGUGCCCUCUUUACAGAUGGAGGCAUCUCACUGUCCAGCUGUUCCUGCUCCCCAGCUAAUUGAAAAUAAAGUGGCUUAAUUCUCCCUGAUGUGUUUUCUAUAAAUCUUUACCCAUGGGAUAGACUGGACCAUACAUUUCCUUCUAGUUAUUUAACUGGUUCCUGUGACCUUUGCCUCUGAAAUAUGCCAUUCAUAGAUACACGUUUGGCUGUGAGCUCCAGUGAACUUGGAAAGAAAUUAUUUCUCCUGUUUGAUGAGUAGAAUGGGUUAGGAUGUUGGGCUGAGGCAGUAUUGAAGAGAUUACAGAGGGGAGUGUGGUGGGCACUAGAUCUAGUCAGUCACACUGCCUACUGAGGCUUACUCCUGCCUUUCCAUACCUCCACACCCUCAGUAGCCCAAUCUGUAUGUUUACAAUUCAGUUUCUCGGAAAUUGAGUCAUCUUCAAAACAAACAAACAAAACCAAAAUCUCUAUUUAUUUUGAGAAAGGGUCUCUUUAUGUAGCCCUGGCUGUCCUGGAAACUGGCUCUCCUUGAACUCUCUGAGGUUCUCCUGCCUCUAUCUCCCUAGUCCUGGGAUCAAAGGUCUGCGCUGCUACAACCCAGGCAAACAGUAUUUUUUGCUAAACCUUCAUGAGGAAAUAAAGAGUUCCAUG